AUGCACCGUGCACUGGUCAUCCACGAUAUCCUGAAUCAGGUCCUUGGCUACCUUCAAGUCCAAAAGCGGUGGACGGAUACAAUUGACACUCGGCGCGAACGGCACGACCUAAUUUGUAUCGCCCUCACCUGCAAGGCCUUCCUCGACCCAGCGCUCGACGAGCUCUGGGCUCGGCUCGACUCACUGAACCCGCUUCUUAGGCUGUUGAGUGGGUUUCAGUGGACUGGAGACGUCUAUAUCCUCGCGGGUGGCGUGUCCCCUGGGGAGCUAGCACGGUUCUCCCGCUACGCAGCGCGCGUGCGCGAGCUCGAAUACAGGCGCGAUGCGUAUAUCCACCCAUCGGUCGUCCACCGACUCGUCGUAGCGCGAUCGGCGCCGCUACUCCCGGGAUUGCGUGUCUUACAGUGGGAUGAAGCGGAUCCGUCUUGCGCGGAAGUGAUGUUCUUGAUCACCCCUACGCUGAUGCGUGUCGAAAUACAACUCGCACAUAGUAAGCCAGGCUAUGAGAGAGAUGAACGACCCCUGGAGGCUUUCGUCAAUGCGCUCGCGGACACGGUCCCGAUGCUCCGGCACUUGGUCUUCACAGGAACGCUCAGGCAUAACCAUCUCGCACGACUCUCUGACUUGAAGUUCCUGCAAUCUGUCACGUUGAAGGGGCGUGCCCCAUUCAAAGGGCCGGGAAAUGCCUUCAGUCCCGAGGGCCCCGUGGUGCUCACAACGCCGCAGAUGUACUAUGACUUCUCGCUAAUGCAGCACCUGGCGGAGCUAGACAUCGAUGUCGACGGCCUGCAACCUCUCUACCCACCAUCGUAUUAUCACUUCCUCCAGCUCCGUUCUCUCCGGCUGACGGGUACCCUAGCGUAUAUCCUCCCCCUCCUCGACACGAUCUCAACUGGUCUCUUGACCUCCCUCUCGCUGAGUUUCGCGAGUCCACACAGCAGCACCUGUUGCGACCUACGCGCUCUGUUUUCCAAAGCGCCCCUCUACUCCGCGCGCCUGCGUCACCUCCGAAUUCACGCGUCGGCUCCGGCGCGGUGGCAGCCACCGGAAGCCCUUUCCUUCCAGGACGUCUUCGCGCACUUCCUCACGCCUGAUUCCACCAUGGAGGAGGUAGAUAUACACCUCGAGAAUGCCAUGAUCGCGAUGACGGACGCACACAUCGUCCAGCUUGCUGACUCCCUUCCGCUCCUCCGUACCUUCUCGUGCCGGUAUGCCAUGGCCGACGGUGGCGUAUCCCCGACCCUCUGGUGUUUGAUUCCAUUUGUGUACCGAUGCCCGUCCCUCACUUCCCUCGCGCUUCCGGUGCGUAUGCUCAUCCCGCCCGAGGACACGUGGCAAUUUUUGCCCCAGCGGGGGAUUCAGAUGCGGACGCUUGACCUGCUCGAAUGGCCUGAGGGCCAUGGGCAGAUGGGGUUCGAUGUGCGGGAGGUGGCAAGGAUGUUGGAUGUGUUGUUCCCCAACUUGGACCUCAACACCAUUGAACGGGAGUCGUGGAGGAGCACGAUGUGGAGAGAGGUGUUCGCAGCUAUUGGGGUGGCGACCGCUCGAGGAAGUAUGCAGGCAAUCCCCAACCAUGCCCUUCAGACUGUCGAAGACGACAUUGCCCACGUUGCCACGUCCGGCCCAGCCAGCGACCUUGUUCGCCAGACCGCCUACUUGGCACAGGAGGGCAGUCUCUAG